AGCGCGGGAGAGAGAAAGAGAGGAGCCGACUCGGCAGGGACUGGGGGACGGGGCCGAGAGAACGAGCGAGGGAGGGAGCGAGUGAGCAAGCGUGCAUCUAGGAGGGGAAGGGCGGCCACUUGUGCCUGAGCGGCCGCGAACGACAGUACGAGCGGUGGGAGAAAGAAGCAGGGAGGGGAAGAAGAAGGGCCUAGGGAAGAGGGCUGACGGAGACUGGUGGUGGUGGGAGAAGGAGAAGGAGGAGCUGGAGGAGGGCAGGAGCUGAGAGAGUGAGUGAGAGAAGCGGACGCGCGAGGGAGGGGAGGGAAGGGAAGGGGGGUGUCACGCGGAGGCGCGCGCGCGCACCGGGAGCGCGCUCGGAGGCGAGUGGAACUGGAUCGGGUUUGCUGCCAGCGGCGUGAGCUUCGGCCGCCAUUUUACAACAGCUCCACUCGCGCCGGACACAGGGAGCAGCGAGCACGCGUUGCCCGCAACCGGAUCUCCUCGGACAGGAUUCCUCCGCCGCAGCCCAACGGGGAGAUCUCUGGAAACAUGGCUACAGAACAUGUUAAUGGAAAUGGUACUGAAGAGCCCAUGGAUACUACUUCUGCAGUUAUCCAUUCAGAAAAUUUUCAGACAUUGCUUGAUGCUGGUUUACCACAGAAAGUUGCUGAAAAACUAGAUGAAAUUUACGUUGCAGGGCUGGUGGCACAUAGCGAUUUAGAUGAAAGAGCUAUCGAAGCUUUAAAAGAAUUCAAUGAAGACGGCGCAUUGGCAGUUCUUCAGCAGUUUAAAGACAGUGAUCUCUCUCAUGUUCAGAACAAAAGUGCCUUUUUAUGUGGAGUCAUGAAGACUUAUAGGCAGAGAGAAAAACAGGGGACCAAAGUUGCAGAUUCUAGCAAAGGACCAGAUGAAGCAAAAAUUAAGGCACUCUUGGAAAGAACAGGCUACACACUCGAUGUGACCACUGGACAGAGGAAGUAUGGGGGACCGCCUCCAGAUUCCGUUUAUUCAGGUCAGCAGCCUUCUGUUGGCACUGAGAUAUUUGUGGGGAAGAUUCCAAGAGAUCUGUUUGAGGAUGAACUUGUUCCAUUGUUUGAAAAAGCUGGACCUAUAUGGGAUCUUCGUUUAAUGAUGGAUCCACUAACAGGUCUCAAUAGAGGUUAUGCGUUUGUCACUUUUUGUACAAAAGAAGCAGCUCAGGAGGCUGUUAAACUGUAUAAUAAUCACGAAAUUCGUUCUGGAAAACACAUUGGUGUCUGCAUCUCGGUUGCCAACAACAGGCUUUUUGUGGGCUCUAUUCCUAAGAGUAAAACCAAGGAACAGAUUCUUGAAGAAUUUAGCAAAGUAACAGAGGGUCUUACAGACGUCAUUUUAUACCACCAACCAGACGACAAGAAAAAAAACAGAGGCUUUUGUUUUCUUGAAUAUGAAGAUCACAAAACAGCUGCCCAGGCAAGACGUAGGUUAAUGAGUGGUAAAGUCAAGGUCUGGGGAAAUGUUGGAACUGUUGAAUGGGCUGAUCCUAUAGAAGAUCCUGAUCCUGAGGUUAUGGCAAAGGUAAAAGUGCUGUUUGUACGCAACCUGGCUAAUACUGUAACAGAAGAGAUUUUAGAAAAGGCAUUUAGUCAGUUUGGGAAACUGGAACGAGUGAAGAAAUUAAAAGAUUAUGCUUUCAUUCAUUUUGAUGAACGAGAUGGUGCUGUCAAGGCUAUGGAAGAAAUGAAUGGCAAAGACUUGGAGGGGGAAAAUAUUGAAAUUGUUUUUGCUAAGCCACCAGAUCAGAAAAGGAAAGAAAGAAAAGCUCAGAGGCAAGCUGCAAAGAAUCAAAUGUAUGAUGAUUACUACUAUUAUGGUCCACCUCAUAUGCCCCCUCCAACAAGAGGUCGAGGGCGUGGAGGCAGAGGUGGUUAUGGAUAUCCUCCAGAUUAUUACGGAUAUGAAGAUUAUUAUGAUUAUUAUGGCUAUGAUUACCAUAACUAUCGUGGUGGAUAUGAAGAUCCUUACUAUGGUUAUGAAGAUUUUCAAGUUGGAGCUAGAGGAAGGGGUGGUAGAGGAGCAAGGGGUGCUGCUCCAUCCAGAGGUCGCGGGGCUGCUCCUCCCCGUGGUAGAGCCGGUUAUUCACAGAGAGGAGGUCCUGGAUCAGCAAGAGGCGUUCGUGGUGCGAGAGGAGGUGCCCAACAACAAAGAGGCCGCGGGCAGGGAAAAGGGGUCGAGGCCGGUCCUGACCUGUUACAAUGAAGACUGACUUGCUAUGUGGGAUUACACCAGAAGCUUGCAGUGGAGUAAUGGUAAGGAAAUCAAGCAACCUUAAAUAUCUCGGCUGUAUAGGAGCAUAUUCUAUUGCAGAAGACCUUCCUAUGAAGAUCAUGGAAUCAAAUACAGGACAUUGAACUAAUACUUGGACUUUGAUAUGAAUUUCUUUAACAAUUUUCUCUGCAGUGCAAGUUAUUAAACUAAAGCUACUCUAUUUUCCAAAUGUGUUCCAACAGAAAUUCUUCAUAACUUCUAGCAUGGUAUCUUAAUAAAGAAUAAAGUUCUUCUCUUUAAAAAAUCUGCUCUAAGUAGAUUUUUCCCCUGUUUUUUUAAAUUAAGGAUCCCAGCAUUGGUUUUCUGAAAUAUUCUCUUGAAUUUGUGCAUUUAAAUUUUAUUGCAGUGGUAUAGAUGAAUGCCAUUGUUGGUAUCCUUAACUUUUAUUUCUGCUCACCAAGGUUAAUCAUGAUUGUCUAUAUCUUUUUUAUAGUAAUCACUUUUGAAUUGUGUUCAGAUAUGCAGUUUCAGGUGUAAUCAUCAGAGCUGGUUAGUCAGGCAUUCCAGAUAGUGGUUCUUUUCAGAACCUUUUUUAAAGGGUUGGUUAACUACCUCAGUAGCAGAGGAUUGAACUAUACCCUGUCUGUACUGUACAUAGAAAAUCUUUGUAGAUAAAAGCAAGGCUUGUUAAAUGAUAUGAGGGUAAGAUUUUAAAUAUACCAAAUGUAACAUUCUUAGUUGCCUUUAGUUUCAGAGGCUUGUAAGACUUCCUCAUGAACAUCAUAACAGGCCUUGCUUUUGUCGUAUUUUGUGGCUGAAAAAGCAGCCUUGCUUCUUCAGAUAUUGUAGUUAUUUGGAUGUAUAAUAGUUUAGCAAGAUGUUACUUUUGUAAGACAUCAGAUGUUCAAAAAAAGUGCAUCCGAACUUGUACUAAAUACUGCAGUGUCCCUUUAUAAAAAGUCAGACUAAAACUGACAGUUGUACAGCAAAGCCUGACAUUUGGAUAUUUUGAAGUUUUUUCAUAAAUCAUAGAAAUUAGUAUAUGGCUGUAGUUUAGCUUUUUAGGUAAAAGGUAUGUUUCAUUAGUGCAUUUCUUACUGCUGAUCACUGCAAAAAUGUGAAUCAGCUUUCCAUUUCUUAUGCAGGUCAUGAUAACUUGUAGAAUAGAGUACAAUCAUUUGUGCUAUGUUUUUAAUUUUCUAAAGCACCUUGAUGACAGUGAGUGUUCAGUGGUGAAGCAUCCUCUAUUGAAUCACCCUCAAAAUUUUUUGCCAAGUCCUAAAUCGAUAGCUUAAAGUCAAAAGUGAAAUUAUAGUUUAAUUAGGACUUGGUAUAAAGAAAUCCCUUUUCCCCUUCCCCAAAGGGAUACUGCAGUUAUAUCACAUACCCAAUAGGCACCAUGACGAAGAUCAGAGCUUAUACUUAAUUAAGGUUUUAUACACACCAGUUUCCCCAGUAAAUGCAAAUUUAACAAGAAAAUUAGACAUGUCAUAUGUUCAAAAUGCUCAUGGCAAACAAUCAUUUUGCAUUCCUGCAAAUAAAAUUGUUUUAUACUGUAAGCUGGAGGCGAGUGUAACUUAUUUUUGUAAUAAAGUUUUUAUUUUUUUUAUGUGUCAUUAAUAUAAAUGUGUGUUAGUGUAGAAAUAUUCUGGUUUAAAAACUUAGAAAUGCACACAUUUCAGUAUGUUUAUUUGUACUUACAUAAUUUUAGAUAGUGGUUGCCAAUAGCCUGUAUGUUUCACAUUAAUUGGUUUUUUAUGUUAUCUUAAUAAACCAUUUUAGUAUGUUGUAUGUCAGUUACUGGGAUAGCUGGGACAUAGAGUGUAAUUUAAAAUUUGUCAAUAAGUAUUCAUUGGAAUAUAUGUAAAUGUGCCUUGCCGGUUAUUGAAACAUUACCUACAAAAUGAGUAUGGGGUGACAAAAAUUAGUUCCUGGUGCUUAAUGAAACUUUUUGCCACUGAUUUUAUAUAUUACCCCGUGCUUUUUUAAAGUACAUCUCUCAAAUCUUAGUGUAAGUUUGAGGGCUACACAAAACAUUUACAUUUCAUUCUAACAUAAAAUGAGUAAUAGGUUGUGGAAAGUGGGUAAACUAAAUGUAGCCUUCAGUAAAAUUGAAUCUCAGUGUAAUCCUUGGUGCUGGCACUUCCCAGGUCCAAGGAGUUAAAUGAUCCCAUCAAAGAGGUCAUUGCCAUGCCUAUUGGCACUUUACUGUCAUACCCUUUUUAAGGGACACUGUCAAGGUGUUUAAGUUAAUUCUCAGAAUUAUUUGUUGGGAUUUUAGAACAGGUUUGUUUGACUUAAGUAAGAACUGCAUUGUCAAAGUUGAAAGAUGAACAUUUUUGUGAGUUCACAAAUGUGUUCUUAAGAAAAUAUUAAAAUAUGGAGCUGUGGGUUUCCAAGACUAUUUGGCAUUCUUAGUUUGGGGAUUUGGGAGGAAAAACUGAUAUUUAAAAAAUUUGUGAAGAAUUGAUGGGUAAUGUAAACAGUGGUGAUUAAAUAUAUACACACUCAAGUGAAAUUACUUGACAGUGUUCAUUUGACUAACUUUGAAUUUAAGCCAUUAUAAUUACUUUUAAAAUUAAAUAAUCAUUUGCACUGUUCUGAUAAUGGGUGCAGUUUUUGAGCAAUAUAAUCAGAGCUAAAUAUGCAUGUAGUGAUUAGUGAUGUGAACAAUUAAGUACUGAGAAGAAAUACUAACUGGUAUUUUCAAACUUAAAUUUCUGUAGUAAAAUCAGUAUCAAACUCUUAUCAGAUCAAGGAAAACAGGCAAUGCAUAUAAACAUACUUUUGAAUGUUGUGUGGCCUAUAAAGCAAUAAUGCAAUUUUUAUGGAAUGUCAUGGGAUAUGAGAAAUGGAAAUGCAAAAAUAACUAAUCCUUUAGUGAAAAUGUCAACAUGUUAAAAAAGGGGAAUGUUAACUAAUGUAGGUUAUUGAUAUUUGUGAUUUGUUUAUGGGUUCUUGGCUUUGACAGCUUCAAAGAAUGGAUAGAUGACAAGUUAAAAGAAAUUUUGUAUAUAAUUGUCAAGGAAUGGGUCUUAAAUCCAAGAAUCAAGUCCCUUCCUUGGGGUGAAAAUGUAUCCUUAAAGCAUUCUGAUUGUUGAAAAAUAACAAAACAAACUUGAGUUACCUAACCAAAGCAGACGCAAGAUUUUGUUUCUGCAGACUACUUGGCAAUCAAAAGUGAUCAUCACUUUAGUUAAUCAGUUUUCAGAAAGUUGCUUUGUGAGAAAAUUGUGUUAGAUAUAUUCUCCCAAUCAUGCAUUUUGUGGGAAGUUUUUCAGCAUUGUGAUUGAAUCAGAUGUUAGAAAUAAAUGGGGGGUUUAGCACAAAAAGCGGUUGCACACUCAUAACGGCCAUUGUUGUAGCAUCAUGAGAAAUCUACCAAUGACUGCAAGUCUGAUUUAAUGAUUUACACUUUCUUCAUGAUAAAAUAGGAAUAGCAUGCAUAGGAAUGGAUUGAUGGGGUGACCUCGGGUAUUCACUUAUAUGAAUCUAUUUGAAAAGAUUUAAUGAGGGUGAAUAUCAUGCUAGAUGGGCAAAAUUGUCACAUUCAGGACAGCUGUUUUGACUGCUAAGCCAAAAGUCACUGUUCAGAAACAUAGGAAAAAAGACCAAACAGAGCAUGACAUAUAGUCUGUUUAAGGGGAGAAAUUACAGAGUAGGACUUCUGCAUUUAGGUGAGGGAGCUACCCCCCUAGAGUAAAAGAUUGCUCAGGUUCCUAAAACUUUAAGAAUACCCACCAUGGUCAUUUUCUCCCCAGUGAUAUAUACCAUAAACUUUUAAUCUGACCAUAGGAAUUCAGUGGUGGGUUUAAAAUGAAUCAAGAAAUAACAAUACAUAAAAUGAACAGACUUGUGGGGAUGAUGUUUUAAAGUGUAGUAUUAAUUACUCAGUCAUACCACUCAAUAGGGCAUGCCACUACUUUUCUUAAGAUAUUAAUUAUCAGCCAAUGUUCAAAGACAUUUUUAACUGUGGGCAAAUUAGUGGAUGGACUUUUUUGUCUGUCACUUUUUAAAAAAGUACUUAAGAUACAAGUUUUAUUAGUACCACAGUCUGCCUUCAGUAAUAUGCCUAAAAUAUUUUUCAGGGCCAGGAGCAUUCAGUUGAAAGAAAAUCUUUUUUACGAAUGCAAAAUAGUAUUAAAACUAAUGCCCUGGCCCAAGAUUAGGUUUUUAAUGAUAUUAACAGUAGUCUGAUAAACAUCUAGAAGUCUGGCAUUGAGAAACAAAAGCUUGUACCUGACUAGUAUUUUUAUUUAAAAAAAUUAGUUCUGUUAGCUUAUUUAAAUUCUCUUACAUAUAUUUAUCUGUAGAAAUUAUAUUUAUUUCAUUCCUUUUAUUUCACUGAAAACUGUCUGCAGGCUCUUUGAUUUGGAUUAGAUGUGUGAAGUACUGUCUUUUGCCAAAAACCUCAAAAUUACCUGUUCUUUUCAACGUAGUGGGUUUGUGCUUGUUUGGAGAUCAGUUCAAAAACUAUCUGUACUAUCUGUACUGCCUCUGAUGUUAAGAUUUUAUGUAUAGCAUAAGGAAGCUAGCUCUGACUAUAUUUUCCUAAGAAUAAAGACCUAUUUUUGUAGCAUGUCUUAGGAUCUCCAGGAGUCCAAGAAUUAUUGUGGGUGUCCUCCAUUUCAUCGUUUUUCAUUUAACAGCUUUUAAAAUAGACACUUGGAAUCUUUAGGGGUCUUUUCGUCUUUUAAUUAUCCAUACAUUCAAAAUAACUAGCCAACGGUAAUACCAAAACAGAUUCCCCAAGAUCCCUAAUUGAAGCACAUGAUAGGGAGAUGAUGUAUAGGAUAAAUGUAUAGUGUUGGUCUCCACUUAAUUUUAAUUAAUGAAAAUGAAAAUACUCUGGUCACACACAUGCCAGUGGACUCAAGAAGUUAAUGGUAAUUUGGUUCUGCUUUUCUGGUAACAUACCCCCACCAUUCAGUGUUCCAUUUUCUUAUCACUCUUUGAAGGUUUGGAAAUGAGUAAUUGAGAUAGUAAGUAAUACAGGAGAGGGGAGUGAACAAACUUUUGCUCUAAUGUACAUUUAGGUGACUGUGCAAAUGAGGUUAGGUAGGUGAAUUCAGCUUAAAAGGUGUUUCAUUAAGCAAAAUUGGCAAGUCAUUAUCAAAGAAUGGGGAACUUGUAAAUACAUUCUGGAGAUUUUGGCUCAGCCCUAGAAUUUCUUGGUAGGAGGGUGAUAGCUUUGUUCACUUCAUGAAGAUCCUUUUAGGUACAGAGUUUAAUAGUUUGUGUUAUGAUUACUAAAGUUUAUACUGAUGAUUGAAAAAAGUUUUUGUCAUUUCAGAACAGUCAUGGAAGUUUUAUACCUGAAAAAUUCUUAAACACUACUAGAGGAUUUUGAAAACCAUUUACAUUGCCUAUUUGACUCCCUGUGCUGAUGCCAAACUAGUACUUUUUUUCUUGUUGGUAAUCAAGACUGCUGACAGACUUUCUGGAUGGGGGAGAAGUUCCAAUAAACCAUUUUGGAAAUUAGUGUCUUC